AUGCGGCCCUUAUUACUUUGGUCUCUGCUUAUCUCCAUUGCACCCCCAGUGCUGGCACAAAUUCUACCUGUACUCGGAGUGGACUUGGGUAAUGAGUAUUCCAAGGUUGCAGUCACCGCACCUGGACACAAGAUGAGCAUGGUCUUGAAUCACCAAAGCCAACGGAAGAGUCGAACAGUUUUGAAUCUGAGCGGCACCACUCGUUCCUUUGGAGAACAAGCCUACACACAACAGACUAUGAGUCCUGGUUAUGUAUUUCAGUAUUUCGCCAACAAGUACAGUCAGCCCUUCUCCGUGCUAAACGAUGGACUGAACGUAUUUGGACUACCAACCAGGUACUACCCAUAUCAGACGGACAAGGAAGGCCAGGUACAGGUAAGUGAGACUGAGUCGAUCGGUGGCGGAGAGCUUACGCUGCAUUACUUGUCGCAUAUUCGUGACUUGACUCGGGAUUUUCUCAAGGACGACACGAUAAAUUCAAACGACGCCGAAGUUGUAUACGCCGUACCUGUCAACUUUGAUUACCGUCAACGCCAACAUUUGCUCCAGCUGAGCUCCUCCGUUGGAUAUCGCACACUGGGCAUGAUCCCAGCGCCCAUGGCGGCGGCUCUCGCCCAUUCUCUAGACAUGGCGCAUGAUAAGAAGCCUGUCACCAAGCUCUUCCUGGACGUGGGAGCCGCUACUCUGCAAGCCUGUGCAGCAGAAUUCAAACUUGUUCCGGCCAACAACGUAACCAAGUCGCUAGCGGGCGCGCCAAAGGAAGUCGUCAGUGUCAGACAAUUGGGCUGCUACCAUGUCGAUGGUCGCGAUCUAGACGUCAAGAAGACUGGGAAUGCAUUCAUUGGGGGAGCCCACGACCUGGAUAUCAUGUUGGCUGACCAUAUCGUGUCCGAAUUUUGCAAAGCCAAUGGCAUCGCCUCCUCGGACCAAAUACCACCCAGGGCCAUGCGUCGGGUUCUCAAGGAAGCAGUGAAGGCGAAGCACAAUCUGUCCAUCGCACCCGUGACCCGCGUUUUCAUCGAGAACUUGUUCGACAACAAGGACGCGCAACUCACCGUCAAGAGAGAAACAUUCGAGUCAAUGAUGAACCAAUCUGGAUGGUCAACUCUAUUGGCCAAACUUGUCUCCAAGGUGAAGAAGGACACGCCCAUCAAGAAGGGAAUGGAAAUAGAAUUGCUAGGAGGCGGCUGGAGAGCACCUUGCAUCUCCAACAAAAUCGCUGAACUGGUCAAGCCGGGCUCCAUAUCCACUAAGUGCAAUUCCGACGAAGGAAUCAGUGUGGGCGCCAGUAUUGUUGCAACCAACUACAGCUCCGUAUACAAAUUCAGACCCCUUUAUUUCAGCCUCGCCUCUCCGGAAACACUCAAAGUCAAAAUCCAGUACGGUCCCAGCGCAGCCACUGGUAAGGAAGGCGAAAUUGUCACCGUCAUCCCCAAAGGAUCCGUCCCUGGUUCGGAAUUUAGUAGCUCUUUCUCCCUUAGCGCCGAAUCAGUCCCCAGCACACGCGUGUUUGUCGAAGAUGAUUCAGGCAAACUGCUAUCCGCUUUUAAUAUCAACGGCUACGAUACCCUCAAUAAGAUGAGAGAACGGAAUAUUAAGAACUAUCAGGAUAAGAAGGCCAUAUAUGAGCAAGAAACGCUUCUGAAGAACGCGACAGAUCCUGCUGCUGUACCUAAAAAUCAUACCUGGACAGAGAAUUUUGUUAAGUGGCCACCGAGCAGCUUUAACGUAACCUUGAAAUACCAACUUGACAUGACUGGUGUAGUGUCUAUUUCGCAAGUCUCUGCCGGCUGGAUCGAUCUUUCCGUAUCAGAGACAACAAGGCUCGAAAAAAUAGAGCGGGGAGAGGAGGAAAAACGUGAGGCGGAGAAACCUACUGAGGAAAAACCCAGUGAUCAGAAACCCACAGAGGCGAAACCCACAGAGGCGAAAUCCGCUGAGGAGAAAUCAAGUGAGGAGAAAUCGAGUGAGCACAAAGUAAAGGGCGAAAAGUCGGACGAACAAUCUGGCGAAAAGUCUACAGCAGAGGAGGAGGUUGGUUCUGAUUCGACGCAAGGAGAGAAAGAGACUGAGUCUUCAACGGUUACUUUGUAUGACUGGAUUGCGAAGGAUGUGCGUCGAAAUCGCAAGUUGAUCCCGGUCGCUGUAGACAUUGCUGCUGCGGAUUCGUCGCUGUCCAACGCUGACCGCGGCCGCUUGCGCCUUCCCGUGACGCAGACGGACCGAGAGGUACGGAAGCAGAAGGAUCGGUUGAAUCGAUCAAUCGAGAAGGACCAAGAGGCGUUGAAGUUGGAGGAGAGUCGUAACAAGCUGGAGUCCUUAAUUUAUGAGACCCGGUCGAAGUUGAGGGAUUCCGUCAACUUUUCGAUUCCGAAACAGGAGGCUGAGGGAAUGGAGACGAUUGAGGAGGUUGUGAAACUGUUGGACGCUGAUGAAGAGUGGUUGUACAGCGAUGGUUUCAAUGCUACUCUAUCGAUCAUCAAGAAGAAGCUUUCUGAGGUAGGCACACGAGGGAAAAAAAGAUUGGAUUGGAUCAGGUCAUAUGAGAAAGGCGGUAAAUUACUGAGGCAGUAUGAGUCUGAAAUCAAGAGCAUGACUAAUAGGCUGAGUAAACUAUGGGAAACAAAGCCUUGGCUUACUUCUGAAAACCGAACCAUAGCGAAUACAGCUUUAGACCAAUUUAUUGAAUGGUUCAACGAGUUCAAAAACGACACCGCCAGCAAGUCUGCCUAUGCUCUAGUCAACGAAAUGGACCUCUCUACGAAAUGGAAAGAUACAGUUUUGAAGUCUUUUAAUACAGUCAGAAGAAUUCCCAAACCGAAGGACAAUAUUAAGGACAACAAGACGAUUGGUGAUGGUAAGACGAUUGGCGAUGGUAAGACGAUUGGUGAUGGUAAGACGAUUGGCGAAGAUCAGAGCGACAGGCAGACCAAUAAAGACGAAGGGGACAAACGGGGUGAGCUCUAA